GCGGUUACAUAACCUUACUUUCUCACACGUUUCAAACAGGCCGAUAAACGAUUUCUGACGUUUUUCCAAAAUAAAAUCUUGAGAGGGUGUUUUCGCAAAUAAGCGGCUUUUGAAAUGAGAAGAAUUCAAGUUGGUGGUGCUCGCGACCCAGAAGAAGAGAGAAAGAAAAGCCGCGAAUCAGUAUUAGCUAAUUUUGCCAUAUUUGGGGCCAUAGUGGCAGUAAUCAGAGCCAGUUGGAUUUGAGACUUCGGCAAUGAUCGUUUGAUUUCGGUGACGUCACAGGUGACGACGGACGCUGCGUCACGGCGUUUCUUCCGGAGGCGAUAAACCAAUAGAAGAUUAGCAUACGGUCACAUGGUGCUUAAUGUCCAAUGGAAGUCCGAGAAGGUUUUAUUAGACAGAAAUAUUUCUGACAAGCGUAGAAAAAGUUUCAUCCACGACCGCCAUUUUGCCUGUUUGAGAUCGCGUAGAAUUUCGGAUGAAUUCCUUUCAUCGUAGUAUAUUUUGUAAAUUAAAGUGGUCUUUUUUGCUAGAAAUAGUGUUAGAAAUCGAUAUUGCGUUUAAAAAUCACCGAUGAUAGUUAAAAAAGCGUUAUUUAGUGUAAAACUUGUGUGAUUUAAUUCGAGAUCAUUGUGCGGUUCCGACGGAAGAUGGUGAGAGGCAGUCGCGAAAUAUAGUCGGCCAGUCGGACUAGUCGAACUUCAUGAUGGCCGAUGGAUGACUCUUGUUUGAUAAAUAUGUGCCUUGUGAGAUGCAUCGACUGUUUAACACUCGGUACUUGGACUGUUUGGCACCGUUUCUUUCAUAUUUUCGCUUAUAAAUCAUGCGUUUGCCGUUCCGUUAGCGAUAAAUAGUGGUUUACAGUGUUGUUAGUUUCGGUCGGCCGUAGCAUUGGGCCAGUGCUUCGGCUUCGGCUUGGUAAACAGCAGAUCGCACUGAUUUUGCCAUGGCCGAUCAUCUUGUAGACGGCCCCCCCAAUGCCAAACGGCAAAAAUUGGACCCUUUUCAGGGGCCAUCGGAUUCUUCUGCUUACAACUAUGGCAUGGGUUCGACACAGACAUCCUUAGGUGGUGGUACAAGUCCGAGGCCUUUUUGGAACUAUAACCAACAAAAUGCAUUGACAAAUAUGGACAUGCUUGACUUGGAGAAUAAUCUCCCAGAUGAGCUGAUGUCCCCGUGGAGUCUCUCAGACACCAAUAGCAAACCUCCAGCUCAGGGCCCUGGUCCUGGUGGGAUGCAGAAUGGUAUAGAGAAUCCAGAAGCAGCAAAUAAUAUUAGACAGAUGCAAAUCAAUCAUUUAUUGCAACAGGGCAACAAAGGAUUGACAGGAAAUGCCUUAGUUUUGACAAGCAGUGGGCCACUAGGUAACAAAAGUCCGAAUUUACAGUCUCCUCCGAACGUCUCUGUAGCAAAAGGAGGCGUAGUUGAUCAGAUGGGUCUAGGUAGUCUUCCUUCCAGUAUAUCCAAUAAUGUGGGUCUACAAUCGAUGGCAAACAAUGGCAGCUCUGCUCAAGUUAUGAGCUCUAUCCAAGGUAUGCAGAAUAGUGGAGGCAACAUGAUUAUGACAAGCAGCAACAUAAGUUCAAUGGGUGGAAUGGCAGGAGGUGGUCUGGUAGUCAGUAGUGCUGGUGGAGCCCCCAAGCAGAUGCCACCUAAUAGUAUCUUUGCACCUGGACAACAGCAGCAACUUGGUCCACCUGGCCAGUCAUUAGCCAAUGGCCCGAUAAUAGGCCGUGUUGGCAUGCAUAUGCAAAGGCCACCUGGAGCAGCAGGGGCAGCUGGUCAGAUACACCUGGGGCCACGUCUGCAAGCACCAGGUCUGUGCGGGCCUCAAGGAAUGCCUGGCAAUGCUGCAGGUCCCUAUGGCUACCAGAAUCCGAAUGCUGGACAGCAGGGUGUGCCUGUUGGCGUAGUGCAACCGCAGAAAAUCGGCCUGCCCCAACUACAAGCUGCGCAACAGCAAGCAGCGGCCGCCGCAGCUGCCCAGCAACAACAGCAGCAGCAGCAACGUUUUGGCGCACCGCCUCCGCAAGCAGCGGUAGCGUCCGCGGGUGGCCCAGGGGCUGCGGGAACAGGAGGCGGCGACCCUCAGCAGACUCAACCGCCCGCCCCCUCACCCGCGCAACCGCAGAGUGGGGCGCCAUCUGGCGGACAGCCGGGGCCGCAACAGGCCAGCGCGCAGAAUCAGAACGCGCAGGGGGCGGCAGGGCAGCAACCGGGGCAGCCAGCACCAUCUACCGCAGACCCGGAAAAGCGAAAGUUGAUCCAGCAGCAGUUGGUGCUGCUCCUGCACGCGCACAAGUGCCAACGGCGCGAGUCCCAAGCCAACGGCGAGGUGUGGUGCACGCUGCCUCACUGCAAGACGAUGAAGAACGUCCUCAAUCACAUGACCACCUGCAACGCCGGAAAGAGUUGCUCUGUGGCGCAUUGCAGCUCGUCCAGGCAGAUCAUCAGCCAUUGGAAGAAUUGCAUCCGGACCGAUUGUCCCGUGUGCUUGCCAUUGAAGCAGGCGGAUAAGAAUAGGAACAAUCCGAGCGCGGCAGCCAACCAGCCACAAGCGAAGCAAGCCACACCAGGCGGAGGCAACAUCACGACGACGGAUAUGCUGCGCGCGUAUGAUUCGCUCGGCCUCCAGUGCGCACCACCGGGGGCGGCAGGUGCAGCAGGCGGAGGCGGUCCCGGAGGCAGCCUGCUGCCUAACGCGGCCGCCGUACGAGCCGGGCUACGUUUGCCCCUGAAUACGGCAGGGGGGCCCGUGGCAGCUAUGGCGAGUGCAGGCGCUAUGACAGGCGUCAGGGUGCUAGCACCGCCAGGUCAACCGGCCCCUAAUAUCAGCGUUCCACUAGCCGGAGGCGGCGGCGAUCCAGCAGCAGCGGCUGCUGCCGCAGCAGCUGCCGCCCAGGCUCAGGGCGUCAACCAGACGGCGGCCAGUUUGCAACAAAGUGUCAACAGCGUCAUGUUCGGAUUGGCCAGUCUGGAGUCGGCCAAUCAAGGACUUGUCGGACAGCUGCCGGGAGGAUUACAACCUGGGCAGGUGACGGCAUCUCCUGUAACAGGCACCAAGGAGUGGCACCAAUCGGUAACUCCUGAUCUCCGCAACCAUUUGGUGCACAAGCUGGUGCAAGCGAUAUUUCCAACGCCAGAUCCACAAGCAUUACUCGAUAAACGAAUGCACAAUUUGGUCGCUUACGCUAGAAAAGUCGAGGGUGACAUGUAUGAAAUGGCAAACUCAAGAUCUGAAUACUACCAUUUGCUGGCCGAGAAGAUCUACAAGAUUCAGAAAGAGCUUGAGGAGAAGAGGCAAAAGAGGAAAGAACAGCAACAACAGUUGCAGCAGCAACACGCUCAACCGAUACGACCCAAUUUGCAAGCAGGUCUGGUCGCACGUCCGACAGGAGUCCCAGGCAACAUCCUGCCUUGUCAACAGCAGCCACCUGGAGGUCAAGUAGGACUGAGGAGCGGUUCUCCGUCACUUGGUGCCGGCAAUAUGCCUCCCCUAGGCGCGCUCAACCAACAACAAGCCGCCAACCGGUUGCUGUUUCCCGUUCAACAGCAGCAACAAGUGCAACAGCAGCAGAACGUUGUCGGGUUGCCGGGUCCCAGUCCCACUACCUCGAAUCCUGGAUUGUCGCCGUUUGGUAACCCCCUUUCUCAAGGCAGCACAACCACCUCAUCAAACAGUCAAUUCCCAACUACGACAAACGGUCCGGUGAGUUUACCGCAGGUUUCUCCGGCCGGCCAGAAUUCUCAACAGCAGGCGAAUCAACAGUUCAACGAUCUGUUGAAAGCAAGCAGGAUCUCACCUUCACCGUCAGGUUUUGGUCAACAGCAACAGACUCAACAGCAGCAGCAACAACAACAGGGUCUUCCGCAACCUAACCAGCAGGUGACUCAGAACGGAACCGCUCGCCUACCUCCAACCUCCUCGGCAAGCGGCGGCAGCGACAGCGUCACGACGCCAUCCUCGGUAGGCGCCAUCCCGACCGCCCCCAAAUCGGUCAGUUCAUCGCGCGGCGCUUCGCCCGCCCCCGCGACGCCCGUGCAAUCAUCGCCGGCACCGGGCGGAGGCAGUACCAACAGUAGCGCGAGCAGAGACGCCGUCUGCUCUAACAACGCGGCCAGCAUGGGCAAAGGGAUGAGCAGCGCGGAAAGGGCAUCGCAGAACGCGAGCAGGCAGUCAUCGUCAUCGUUCUCCGCGCAAAUGGCAGCCGUGAUGGCCGCCUCCGCGGAUGAUGAGGAUUCCAAUGCGUCGCCGCCGCAGGCGGGGCAGGGUAGGGGCAAGCUGGAACAACAGGUGAAAAUGGAGGUUGACAUAAAGCAAGAAGAACCCGACAUGAACGACAGUCAAGGCGGCGACGGAGGCGGAAGUGGCUGCAAAAACAUGAAGAGCGAAACGGAAAUGAAGUCUGAGAUCAAAACUGAGAUCAAAACGGAACCGGACGACUCUGAAAGCGGCAGUUCCACAGCGGCAAACGCGACUAUCAAGAAAGAAGAGGGUGCGGACGUGAAAGAAGAGUCGGGUAGUAGAGGUGCCGCUUCCAACGAGAAUUCUCAAGAUAGUAAACCUACUCCUGCACAGGGAGACGCUGCUGCCAAUGCUGCUGGGGGACAGCAGCCCAGAAAAACCAAGAUAUUUAAACCAGACGAAUUGAGGCAAAAGCUGAUGCCAACCUUGGAAAAAUUGUACCGACAAGAUCCGGAAAGCAUACCAUUUCGGCAGCCCGUCGAUCCCCAAACGCUGGGGAUACCCGAUUAUUUCGACAUUGUGAAACGGCCCAUGGAUUUGUCGACCAUCAAGAGGAAGCUGGAUAUUGGCCAAUACCAGGAUCCAUGGGAAUAUGUCGACGAUGUCUGGUUAAUGUUUGACAACGCUUGGUUGUACAACAAGAAGACCAGUCGGGUGUAUCGAUAUUGUACAAAGUUGGCGGAAGUUUUCGAACAGGAGAUAGACCCUGUGAUGCAAUCUAUGGGCUACUGCUGUGGAAGGAAGUAUACAUUCAAUCCUCAAGUUCUUUGCUGUUACGGAAAACAACUUUGUACUAUUCCCAGAGACGCGAAGUACUACAGUUAUCAGAACAGUUUGAAAGCGUAUGGAUUAGGAUCUGACAGGUAUACGUUUUGUCAGAAAUGCUUCAAUGACAUCCAAGGAGAUACUGUUACCUUAGGAGACGAUCCUACCCAAGCUCAAACUGCCAUCAAGAAAGACCAGUUCAAAGAAAUGAAGAACGACCACCUGGAGAUGGAAACGUUCGUCCAUUGUACGGAUUGCGGCAGGAAACUACACCAAAUUUGCGUGCUGCACAUCGAAGCGAUUUGGCCAUUGGGCUUCACGUGCGAGGAGUGCCAGAAGGCCAAAGGUCAAAAGCGGAAAGAAAACAAGUUCAACGCUAAAAGGUUGCCAGUCACGAAUCUUGGCCUGUACAUUGAAAAUCGGGUGAAUAUUUUCCUGAAGAAGAAAGAAGCCGGGGCUGGUGAUGUUUCUAUUAGGGUGGUGUCCAGCUCAGAGAAGGUGGUAGAGGUGAAACCGGGCAUGAGAAGCAAGUUCGUCGAAUCCGGUGAACUGGCCGGCGAAUUUCCGUACAGGGCGAAAGCUUUGUUCGCCUUCGAGGAGAUAGAUGGCGUCGACGUCUGUUUCUUCGGCAUGCACGUUCAAGAGUACGGAUCUGAAUGUCCGAAUCCAAACACCAGGCGCGUCUACAUCGCGUACCUCGAUUCGGUGCACUUCUUCAAGCCCAAACAGUUUCGGACGGCCGUCUAUCACGAGAUUCUGUUAGGUUAUUUGGACUAUGUCAAGCAGCUCGGAUACACGAUGGCGCACAUCUGGGCGUGCCCUCCAUCCGAAGGCGACGACUAUAUCUUCCACUGCCAUCCACAAGACCAAAAAAUACCGAAACCUAAGAGAUUGCAAGACUGGUACAAGAAAAUGCUGGAUAAAGGCAUUAUCGAAAGGAUCAUUUUAGAUUAUAAGGACAUUUUGAAACAGGCUAUGGAAGACAACUUGAGAUCGGCAGCGGAUCUCCCUUACUUCGAGGGAGACUUCUGGCCCAACGUUCUCGAGGAAAGCAUCAAAGAACUGGACCAGGAGGAAGAAGAGAAAAGGAAGGAAGCCGAAGCCGCUAUAUUCUCAUCGAUGGAAGAAAGCGAAGUAGGACCUGAUGGUAAGAAGAAAGGUCAGAAAAAAGCAAAAAAGAGUACAAAAUCAAAAGCAAAUCAACGCAAAAAUAGCAGCAAAAAAUCGAAUACUCCUCAAACAGGCAACAACCUAUCCGCAAAGAUAUUUGCUACCAUGGAAAAGCACAAAGAGGUGUUUUUCGUUAUCAGGCUGCAUUCAGUUCAAUCGGCAGCAAGCUUGAAGCCAAUCCAAGACCCCGACCCGUUCAUCCAGUGCGACCUAAUGGACGGCAGAGAUGCCUUCCUAACCUUGGCGAGAGAAAAACAUUACGAAUUCUCCUCGUUGCGUAGAGCCAAGUUCAGCACCAUGUCCAUGCUGUACGAACUCCAUAACCAAGGCCAGGACAAAUUCGUGUACACGUGCAAUACCUGCAAGACGCACGUCGAAACUAGGUACCAUUGCACCUUCUGCGAGGACUUUGAUCUGUGCAUACAGUGCUACGAGAAAGAGGGACAUCCCCAUAAGAUGGAGAAGCUGGGCUUCGGCAUCGAUGACGGCAGCAGCCCGAGCGAUAGCAAGGCGAAUCCCGGCGAAGCGAGGAAAUUGUCGAUCCAGAGGUGUAUCCAGUCGUUGGUGCACGCGUGUCAGUGCAGAGACGCGAACUGCCGACUGCCCAGCUGUCAGAAGAUGAAGAGGGUCGUCCAGCACACGAAGGUGUGCAAGCGCAAAACGAACGGCGGCUGUCCGAUCUGCAAGCAGCUGAUCGCGCUGUGCUGUUACCACGCUAAGCACUGCCAAGAGGCGAAGUGCCCUGUCCCGUUCUGUUCGAACAUCAAGCACAAGUUGAAGCAGCAACAGCUCCAGCAACGGUUGCAGCAAGCGCAGCUGCUACGAAGGCGGAUGGCGGUGAUGUCCAGGGGGCAAGCGCCCGCCGUGGUAGCGGCGGGGCCCAACGUCCCAGCGCUGCCCCCGGGUCCAGGGCAAAUGGGGCCUCUGGGCGCAACGGCGGGGGGCGGUGCACCCGGCGGCGUGCCCGGCGUCGUGCCUCCGGGUGCCGUAUCGCCGGUCAACGCCAUGGCAGCAGGUCUUCCGAAUCCUGCGAUGGGCAUCCAAUCACCUCACCAACCGGGUAUCGGGAUGAAACCUGGAACCCAAACGCCACCCGCGAACGUUCUUCAGGUCGUGAAGCAAGUGCAAGAAGAGGCUGCCAGGCAACAGGCGCCUCAUCCAGGUUAUGGCAAGGUCAAUCCGAACCAGGUGCCUGGUCCGAAUAUGCCUCCGCCACAGAUCAGGAAUAUACCAGGUGGAAAUCUGUUACCGAUGGAGCAAUGGCAACAACGCUAUCCUGGGGGCGGCGCAGCUGCGGCAGGUGGCAUCCGGCAACCCGUAACGGGAGGCGCGGGCGGCGUAGGCUUGGGCCCCGCGCAGGCGAUGCCCCCCACCCAGAUGGGCGCAGGCGUGCAGCAGCAGUCGGGCGUCAGGCCGCCCCCGGUAGGCCAACCGGGGGCGGGCAUGCAGGGGGCCGCCCCCGGCCAGCCGGGAAACAUGAUGCAGAAACAGGCGUUGCAACAGCUGAUGCAGACGCUCAGGUCGCCGCACUCAUCCGAACAACAGGCGCAGAUAUUGUCGAUACUCAAGGCGAAUCCGCAGUUGAUGGCGGCUUUCAUCAAGCAGCGGCAGGCACAAGCUCAACAGAUGCAACAGACCGGUGCUGGAGGUACUCCUCAACAACAGUUGCAACACAUCUUGAAUUCUCAACAGAAUUCUGCGCAACCCCACCAAGCGGCGCGUAUGCAGAUACAAGGAGGGAUGUUGAGUCAACCUACAGCUCAAGGACUCGCCCAGGGGCCAGGACCUGGUCAACAAAUGACUCAACAACAACAGUGGUUCAAGCACCAACAGCAAAUGCUGGCUUUGCAGCGGCAACAGCAGCAGCAACAGCAAGCCGCGGCCACGGCCGCCCAACAACAGGCAGCUCUAGCCGCCGCGCAGCAGCAGGGCUUCCAGCAGGCGGGGGGCGGAUACGCGGGCGCGCCGCCUCAGCAACAACGACUACCCGGCAUCAGGCAACCGCACAUGGGCGGCUACAACCCGGCCGCCGCCGCCCAAGCGGGUUUCGGGGGCGGUCCGGCGGGCGACCAGCAGUACGCGCCGAUUCAGGGCAUGAAGCCGACGCCGCCUCCGACACCUUCGCCGCAAGGCGUCAUGGGACCGCCUCACGGACAGGGCAUGACCGUGCAACAGCAACAGCAGCUUAUGCAGAGCGUCAGGAGCCCGCCGCCCAUCAGGAGUCCCCAGCCAUCACCAUCGCGGACGGCCCCCUCGCCCCGGACGCAAGCUGUGCCUUCGCCGCGCGGCCCCCAGCCGUCCCCGCACGAUCUGGCCGCCUCCGAGAUGCUGCUGGGCGGCGGCGGUCAAAACCACGCUGGCGGAGCACCCGGUCUCCAUCCGCACGGCGCUUCGCCCGCUGGCGCGCCGCCCGACGGGGGCCCGCCCGGCCCACAGGACGUGCCGACCAUGACGCCCCAGGAUCAGCUGAGCAAGUUUGUCGAGCAGCUCUAGUGACGACGCGACCGCGCCAACCACUAUUCGGCCCCCGUGUAGGCAAAAGUUGCGCGUACGCGGGAUCGAAGGACAUAGAUGUUUCGGUGACCGUUGUAGUUCGGAUAUGUCGGGCCCCCGGAAGGGUUUUUGUCGAGAGCGUACGCUUUGUCUUUAUGUGGAGUCGUGUGGCAAGUAAGGUGAUUUUUUGAGUAACUUGGAGAUGGGUGUUUUUUAUUUUAUGAAUAAAAUGAUGAAAAAUUUCUGGGGUGAUUGAAUGUGUUUUGAAAAAUGUGUUUUUCAAUACGAUUUUAUAAGCUAGUAAAUUCCUGUGGAGUUUUUUUCUGUAUUGGGAAAAUGCAGACGUUAGAAUAAUAGAAGAUGUGUUUCAUAAUAAAUAUUAUGAAUUGCAUUUGAUAUUGCAAUCAAAUUAGCGUUUUCGUAUACAGGGUGUCUGAAAAGUUCCGGAACCCCACGAUAAUUUGUGAACCGAUUGAUAGGAGUUUUUCCCAGCUAUCCAAUGGUGACGUGACCUUCAAGGUCAUUUGAAGCUUAAUUUGUGGUUUUUAAUGAAAUCCCUCAUUUUUGAACCCAUAAAAAUGAAAAGAAAAGAGUGGAAUCUUUUACGUUCAAAUAUGAUCUUGAUCAUUUUGAAAUGUUGACCUCAGGAGGUCAUGGUUAAGGUAAAACCCAGGUACGGUGAUAUAACUUGAAAGCUUGUAUAGUCGUAUAGGGAAACAUUUCCACGAUUAAGCCUCGAAAAUUCAGUGAUGACCUUGGAUUUGGCAUUAAUCGUGACAUUCAAGGUCGUUUGAAGGUCAACUCUUUUUAAUGGGACCGUAUGCUUUUGACCGCUGAAAUGGAGAAAAGGGGUAGUUUUAGGUUCGAAUAUGUCCUCGACAAUUUUUGUAAUUUGACUUCAAAGUCAAACACAAGUUUACCUCAAUUUCUUGAUAAUUCAGAAAACGGUAUAAUCUCCAGAUAAACUGACUUUAUUCUUCCAGUAUUGUUCCCGGGCUACAAAAUUCGAUCUUCACAUGACCUUGAAGGUCAUCAUGGUUAAGGUCAGAUCCAAGGUCACUAUUUUAUAUCCGGGAAAAAAUCAUGAAAAUAAUGUCUCUGUAGUUUCCUUGUACGACUACGGGUUUCCAAGUUAUAUCACCGCACCUGGGUUUGUCCUAAGGUGAAAAUUUAAGACUGUUCAAGACCAUGUUUGAACGUAUACUUUUUCGCUCUUUCCACUUACGGAGUCAAAAUGCAGUGCUCCAUUUACAAAGAUCGACUUGACCUUCAAAGUCAUGGUCAAUGUCGACUCCAAGGUCAUCAAUGGAUAGCUGGGAAAAACUAUCAAUCGCGGUGCUUCAUUUUUUAAUAUUAUUAAUUCACGAAUUAUCGUGAGGUUCCGAACUUUUCAGACGUCACAAAUUGGGCAAUGUGACCAGAAAGACCUGAUGAUUAUAAAUGCGACAUUAAAUUUCAUUUAAAUAUAUAUCAUGUAAUUUUUCAUCAGAUUAUUUGACGUCAUCGAAAAAACAGAAAAACUCCGUAAUUUGUUAUUGCAGAACCUCCCUACUUGCCCGCAAUGACUUUACAAAUUGCAAGUGAAGUAUGCUUUUGGCAGAAAUGCUUCUGGGGGCCCAUGAGAAUGCAGUACUUACACCAAACAUCGGUAUAUUCUGCUCGUAUCGCAACUUUUGCAUUAGUCAUUACCAUUCAGACUAGGCCGAUAUAAUGUUUUGUAAAUAUGUAGCAUAUUAUGUUAUAUGUAAUUUGUACAUAUGUUUCAUAUGAAGAAUCUGUAUAUUAUACAUAUAUAAAUAUUAUAUAUACGAAGAAACUAGUGACUAGAACAAUUGAGUGAAAUCCAGAUACCUAAAAAGUAUUCUAUGGCUUCGCGAGGCUGUGUUUAUAUAACUUACGGAUUGUUACCUAGUGGAAAAACGCUGCUGAGACUUUCUAAAUAUGAUGAUGAAUGCGCGCAAUUGCUAGUUAUAUUAUUAUGGUUGAUUUUUCUAAUUUCAGACCAAGGAUCGGAGAAGUGACGAGAAAAAUGUACAAAAAGAUUAUGGGAAACUAAUUGGCCUCUGUUUUGCGAGUUCCUAUGUGAAAAUGUAUGUUUACGACUCUUAUUGAUAGUCAAAGCAUUAAAGGAAAAACCGUAGUACUUUAGCGUCUUUAUAGACUAGAAUAAAUCAUUAUUUUUUGUAAUUUUAGUGUAAUUGAUAUUAUCCUGAUAAAUGGUUCGCUGUUUUCCAUUUAUUUGCCACCUAUCUUAGGAUAUUUUGAACGAGAGAUCUGGCGACCCAACGUUCGACUAUGAAAUUAGUACAAAUUUUUUAGUCGUGUUUUAAAAUGCAUUUUUAAAAUAAUUGUAAUUGAACGAAAAUUUUAAUAGUUGUCUUGUGAUGUAGUUCUACGAUUUUUUUUUACAAAUAUUGAAUAAAGAAUAUUGAGUUUCAAACACGCAUUUUCACCUAGAAAUGGUCUCACAAAAAGCUGUAUACUUCAUUUAGGAUUUUUUCCAGAGUCAAUGCUGUUGAAUCAACGCUUGUAUCUUCACAUAUCUGCAAUUUCCUCUAGAGUUGUUUUAAAUCAUUGUGAUAUAGUUAUACUCUCCUAUUUGAAUGUCAAUAUUUAAGGGCUCGUCUUAGCUUUUGAGAUAUAUAAUUUUUCAGUAUACAGUCACUGGUACGCCAUUGACUUGAAAAAACAUAAAUCCUUCCAUUUGUGAGCAGAUUUGAUCCAUUGACUUUUUAGCCUGAGGCACGGUUUUCACAUAAAAGUUUAUUUCUCUGGAUGUUGAUAUUGUCAUAUUGACAAUAUUGUUAUGAUCAUGCAGAGAAACGUUAUUUAUUAUUACAAUCGAAAACCGUGCAACAAAUUGGAAAAAUCAAGCAAAAAAUUUUGCUUAGAAAUGAGUGGGGAUGUAAGGAAUACCUUUAGUUUUGAGAGAAAUCACCGCCACUGUUGGAAAUUGAAAAAAAUAAGUGGUUACAUAAAAAUGCAUCUUCAUGCAUAUUCAUUAAAAUGGUAAAGAGGUUUUUAUAGAUAUUGAUUAUAAACCACCUUGUAUCUCAAAAGUUAAGUCGUUUACGACAUACGUUCAUAUGAAGUUUUCUUUUUAAAAUGGACCCAAAAAUCGUAUCCUCAAAUAUUGACAUUUAACUAGCAAAAACCAUGUAUAAUGAAAAUUGAAUAUGCUGAAGGUUUUUUAAGUAAACGAUUCUAGAAUCUACUCCAGAUAUGUUGAUGAUAUAAAGACCAGCUUAACGGUUUUGUUCUCUGAAAAAUAUAAAUAUUCUUAGAUGUAUUUUUCAAUCUGUUGGCUGUAGUCUUUUUUACAUGCUAAAAUCUCCGUUUAUUGGGCUAUUUCAGUACCAUGGUAAUGUUAGGAUACUGCUUUGAAAAUGGUUACAUUGAGCUGUAUGUUUGUGUUUGCCUCAACGUUAGCAUUUUGAGGUUAGCUGGUCGGUCUUAAAAACGUCGUUGGCCUUUGAUAAUGAAACUGGAAAAAUGGUAAUUUUAUCUGAUAAUGCAAAUUCCUGCUGAAGUUUCGUAAUUAUUUUAAAAUUUUAUAUUGGUGAUUCUGCUACUUCAUACUGGCAGGGAAAUGAUCAGGAUCUGUGAGCUUUGUUCAAAUUUAAAAUUGAUAGCAUUUAAAUAUUUGAGGAAAUACGUAUUGUAAACGUCCAUCAACUUUUUUCUCCUUAUUUCAGUACCUUAUGCUUUUAUUGUUUGAAAGCCGUGAUAUAAAUCACUACCUAGGCAGAUAAAUUAACGAUUUUCUUGUUCUUGUGCUAUUUAUUGUCCUUUUUUUACAUGAACAACUUGAAUACCAUCAAUGGUCGGCCCAAUGAGGUUUCAGGGUUUUAUCAACAUUAUCAAUCUGAGUGAUUACUGUGUCUCCUAGGAUUGUGUUUUAAUACACUUGACAUCAUAUUCCUCUACGUGGAAUGACCAAUUUUUUUUUUAGAUGCAAGUGAUAUGUGAUUAUUAUUGAAGCUUUAAGCGAAAUAAAAAACUUUGUGUUGUUUAAAUACUAGAAGAUUUGUGAUUUUGAACAAAAAUGCCCAUGGGUUGUUGAACAACAUUCUGAAAUACAUAAAUGCAAAAAUUUGAUAUAUGCAUUAGACCAUGAUUAUAUGACUUUUUUAUCAUCAAAUAUGGAUAUUUUGUUUUGUAUAUUGCAAGUUCUUGGACUGUGAUCAAAAUUGAUUUUUUUCGCAAGUAGUAUGGUGACAUGAAAUUUUACAAAAAUAUUGAACUCGAAUUUUAAGAUAGCUCAAAAAAAUAUUGGCAAACAUUUCUUUUCUUAGAAUGCGGACUUCCCCGCACGAAUUUUAUCACUGAAGGGCUGUGCACUGAUAAAUGCUGACAAAUAAAGAACUAAACGCAAAUAUGCAUCCAAUGUGGCUUUUUUAACGUGGACAUGGCCAUUUUUUACCUAACGUCACCGCGGUAUCCUUUUUUUAUAUCAAGUGUGACUUUUCACAAAUAGUGAUGCUGUAUAAAAUUUGUACCGAAACUGUUGUAAGUGUCGCGUCGGUAGCUAUUGUGAUGGCGGUGCGGCCGCUGAAUAUAGGGAGGUGGCUCCCUGAUUGUUUUUAUAUUAUUAAUAUAUAUAUUUAUAAUUUGUACAUGUUUGUUUUUUCAUACACACAAUACAUAGGUGUUUUCUACAUUCCACGUUUCGUGUGGAGUGUGCAGCGAGUGCUGGCCCAACGACAAUCUCCUCGAACCAUGCCAGCCCAAUAACUUAUAUGACACUCCCUCCUAAUUUAUUACUGAACAUACAUAAAAUUUAGAAUAAAUUAGUGUUAAGAAUUAUAUAAAAGAGAAUAAAUACUAUUUGAAAUUUUUUUGA